AUGACCAAUGCAGAAUUCAAGCGGGACCGUCGUAUGCUCGAGCCCGUACCAUCAGCUAGUCGAUUUAUCGAACAAUCGUUUUACGAGUCAGCAGAAACUUUGCUGUCGAUGAAGAAUGGUGGUUUUCCGAAGGUGGACGAGAUAAAGCAGGAGAAACGGGAUGAGGAUGACGAGGAAGAGAUGGACAUAGACGAGCACUCUUACGGUAACAAUUCGAUGGAGAUGGACGAAGAGGACUCUGAGCCAAUGCCUGAGCUGGGACCAGCUGCACUAGGGCUUCAGAGAGUUGGAACUAAGCCUCCUCCAAAGAAGGCUAACCCACCUCAGCCGGUCCAGGUUUUAAACAGACGAGGGAUGCCUGCGAGAAUUCGAAAGAAGAAUAAAUUAUUUUACGAUGAUAUUCUUGUCAAUCAUCCUCAUCACAGAAUAAAAAAAGAACCAGGAACCCCAGAGGUAAAACAAUCACCCCGUAGAAUGUUAAAACCAUCUUCAGCGAAGAAGCCCCCAAAAAGUCCAGCAGUUGAGGAGAAAAAGAAGCCAGAGCGUGAAAAGCCAGUCCCUCCUCCACCGACACCUCCUCCACCACCAGCACCAACCCCAUCCAAAGUAUCCUCCGUGAAAAAAGAAAAGGACAAGGACAAAGACAAAGACAAGGAAAAGGAAAAAGAAAAAGACAAGGAAAAAAUCAAAGAAAAGACCCGGGAGAAGGAAAAAGCAAAGGAACCCAUAAAGGCCGUCAGACCGAGUUCUCCAGACCGCAGAAUCGGGCAGAAGAUCGGUAUGAGACUUCGAAACCUGCUGAAGCUGCCAAAAGCCCACAAGUGGGUCUGCUACGAGUGGUUCUACAGCAACAUCGACAAGACACUGUUCGAGGGCGACAACGACUUCAUGAUCUGCUUGAAGGAAUCUUUCCCUCAGCUUAAGUCGCGCAAGCUGACCCGAGUCGAGUGGUGCAAAAUCCGGAGAAUGAUGGGGAAGCCCCGUCGCUGCUCUCAAUCCUUCUUCGAGGAGGAGCGGAAGGAGCUGGAGCGCAAGAGACAGAAAAUCCGGAUGCUCCAGCAGAGAAAGACUGGAGACGUGAACAGCUUCAAGGAUUUGCCGCCGGAAAUUCCUCUCCAGCUGGUGAUUGGCCAGAAGGUCACUGCGAGGCUCAGGAAGCCUCAGGAUGGUUUGUUCACCGGAAGCAUCGACGCCGUGGACACCAGCAACAACACCUACAGAAUAACCUUCGAGCGAGGCGGUCUGGGUACUCACAGUGUCCCGGAUUAUGAAGUCCUGUCCAACGACCCUCCGGAGACUAUCAGUGUCUCGUCGUUCUCCCAGAAAUUCCGACCUAGACACAUCAGCUACGUCCCCUCGCCUCCUUACGCUCUCAAGUUGCGCUCUCCGAGGGUCAAUAAUGAUCCGCUGAUCUCCAACGCCGCCAUACCCUCGGCCAAGAAGUCCCAGCUUGGCGGCGUGAUCAAUGGCUAUCCGAUAAGACUGCUGGAUAAUAUUGUCAAAGUCACCAAGAUCUUGAACGCCAAGAAAUUGAGGAUCCAGAAGAUCAAGGAGAUGAACACUGCUGCGGAAAAAAGUAAGUCCUUUGGGGAUGAAUUGCCCCAGGAUUUUGAACGCAAGUACGCGGCUAUUGUUGUUGAGCUGGAGAAAAUGAACGCUAGCUUGCAGGAUUACUUGAAUGAUGUUCAGGAACUAUGUCAGGAAAUUGCUCCGGAGCCGAGUAUUGCUGCGAUGCUUGCUCCGAGUCAUUUGAGAGAACGGUGCAGGCAAGAAGCUGCUGAUAUGGUUUCUAGGCAUAAUAUUAUGAGUGAUAAAGGACCUUCUAAGAUGGACCAGCUGGUUACUGAUUUAACUGCUUUGAUGCUUCAAGUCAAGUCACUAUCAGACUCUGACCGCAACGCCUACGAGUUGAAAGUCCUGCAAGGUACAAUGGAGCAAAUCAGAUCAAAAUUGAACCCCAAGAACCAGCAAGUAUUUCAAAAUUGCGUUGAAAUUCACAUGAAACACAUUCAACUUGGCCUUGGACAAAUGGGAGGAUUGACGCCGUUCAUGGCUCCCAAAGCUUAG